AUCCCGUCGAGUUCGGUUCGGCUUUUAGUGUUUCGUCGAACUAUCGUCCCCUAUUGGGCUAUCGGUUUCGUUCUGUAGGAUUACACACUGCUCCGCUAUCGUCGCAGGAUACUGGAGGCUGCAAACAAUGAAUCCUACAUCAUAACUUGCAAAUUAUGUGCGGCCCAUCAUCGACGUAGGACACUCUCUUUGUAACCGAAAGUAUGCAUCAAAUUGUGGUUUGAGUGGUACAGAAUGUGAUCAAUUCCAGACCCGUCAGUGUUGGCUAAAGUGCCGCCCAGAGAGAAAGAGCCGAAGUUAGAGCUUAACGGAGUCCAGUAUACGGGAAGAAAGCAAAACCGAUUCUGAGAAAGAAAAAAAAAUCACAUUCAGCGUGCUAAACGGUAGCCGAAGAUUGAGGAAAAACGUGUGCAAAAAGAAAAUUCGGAAAUUUAAGCUGAGCAGUGGUGUGUUGGUAGUGCUUCACAUGCAUGGCAAAUAAAAAAGUAUUGAUGUCGGCACGGCAUUGAAGUGCAUCUUCGGGCUGGAUUCUGCCUGAAGCGAGAAAAGAGAUGUGUAUUCGAAGAUAGUUUCUUCUGCUCUGUUGUUGUUUAUUGCUUACGAUGAUUACCCUCAGCUGUGAAGUGAAGUUAUACAGAGGGAAAAUAAUGCAUGUGAGGGUUAGUCUCCUUGGUUGAGGAAAAUGUAUAAUGAAGGUGGUGAAAACAAGUGGAAAAGAAGAUAAAGAGGGCGUAAUAAGUGUGCAAAAUGGCAAACGUGUUUUUAAUGUUCGGUUCGGCUAUUGUCCUGCUGCUUGGUUAUGCUAAUGUUGGAUUAGGCAUUCAGCAGCAUGAUGCGUACGGUACGCAUGAAACGUCCGCUAUCGGUCCGGAAUCCGACUUUCAGCACCACAACCGCUGUGAACCCAUCACUAUUCCAUUCUGUACGGAUAUUCAGUAUAACAAAACUAUUAUGCCGAACUUGCUUGGUCACGUGAAACAAGAGGAAGCUGCUCUGGAGGUUCAUCAAUUCAUACCGUUGGUCAAAAUCGACUGCAGUCCAGAUCUGAAAUUCUUCCUCUGCUCACUGUACGCACCGGUUUGUACCAUUCUCAACUAUCCGAUACCGCCAUGCCGAAGUCUGUGUGAAAGUGCUCGCGUUUGCGAAAGUGUCAUGCGGACAUUCGACUUCCAGUGGCCGGAAAAUCUCGAAUGCAGCAAGUUUCCAGCUGACGGCCAGGAGAUCUGUGUUUCGCAAAACAACUCUUCCGAGAGCACGCCAAUACCGCCAAGUGCGAUCCACACGACUAAACCGCAGGUUCCUCGGCGCAACACCGCACCCAACGUGCCCCACCGGGAUCUGGGCUUCAUCUGUCCGGUUCAGCUUAAAGCUCCAACGAUAAUGGGCUAUCAACUGACUGUCGGUGGAAAGGUCACGAAAGACUGCGGUGCGCCAUGCAACUCGAUGUUCUUCUCGGAAAACGAGCGGACCGUGCUGAAGUACUGGGUCGGCUCGUGGGCCGCCGUCUGCGUGGCAAGCUGCCUGUUUACGGUGCUCACGUUUCUGAUCGACUCAUCGCGAUUUCGAUAUCCGGAACGGCCAAUCGUAUUCCUGGCGAUCUGCUAUCUGAUCGUCGGUUGCGCCUACGUGGCCGGUUUGGGGGCCGGCGAUUCCGUGGCGUGCCGGGAGCCAUUCCAGCCGCAUAUCAAACUGGGUCGAAUGCAGAUGCUGGCAACCAUCACGCAGGGCCAUCGGCAGUCCACCUCCUGUACGGUGCUCUUCAUGGCGCUGUACUUCUGCAGUAUGGCGGCCUUCGCCUGGUGGGCCUGUCUGGCGCUGGCCUGGUUCCUCGCCGCCGGCCUCAAGUGGGGUCACGAGGCAAUCGAGAACCGGUCCCAUCUGUUCCAUCUGGUAGCGUGGGCCAUCCCGGCAGUGCAAACCAUUUUCGUGCUCGCCCUCGGCAAGGUGGAAGGUGACGUGCUGGCCGGGGUCUGUUUUGUCGGUCAGCUGGAUACGCACUCGCAGGCCAUGUUCCUACUGAUUCCGCUCUGCAUCUACCUGUCACUAGGGGCGAUCUUUUUGCUGGCAGGAUUCGUGUCCCUGUUUCGAAUCCGGACGGUGAUGAAGCACGAUGGAACCCGCACGGACAAACUGGAACGGCUGAUGCUGCGGAUAGGAUUCUUCAGUGGACUGUUCAUUUUGCCCGCGCUCGGCUAUCUCGGCUGUCUGUUCUACGAGUACUUCAAUUUCGAUGAAUGGAUGAUCCAAUGGAACCGGCAGAUGUGUCGGAUUUUCUCGAUUCCAUGUCCGGCUACCAAGUACAACAGCAACAUGGUACCAGAGGAGGAAAAACCAAUCUUCCAUAUUUACAUGGCCAAGUACGUUUGCUCGAUGCUGGUCGGUGUCACCUCCAGUGUAUGGCUUUGGUCUGGCAAGACCGUUGUUAGCUGGAGGCAAUUUGCCGAACGUUUACAGGGCAAGGAUAGUCGAAGUCGGGGGGCCUACGUUUAGUAGGACCAGCAGCUGGCACUAGCGAGAGGAGUCGUGCAUGGCCGUCGUCGCUGCAUUUAAACUACGCUUGAGAAGAUUUCUACCAGCCAAUUGGCCGACUUAUCACGGUCGGUAUUAUUUUACCCAAAAUGCGCUAGAAUUUAAGGAAGCGACCCUCUCGAGUCGGCUCCAUUCGAACCAAGGUUAAUCAUUUGAUGCCAAAACGAUGAUGGAUUUUGUGAGCUACUAGUUACCGGUUGAGCAGCCAGUCGCUGCUAAUCGUGUCACGAUACUAGAUGAUGUAUAUUGAAAAAAAAAAAAAUCGUAGACGUAAUUUGUCGGUAGAAUUUAUCCACCUCGGACGCGAAUUUAAACCGUUAGAUAACUAAAAGGCAAAUAAUCAAAAAAGCAAAUAAUUCCCUAUGCUGCUGUAAAUGUAGAGUUACUCUCUAAUUGAACCAAGAUGCGUAAAACUGUUUUCCGUGGCCUAUAGAUUUAUGAUUUAGCUACGCAAGUGUUAUUCCGUGCUUCUGGUAAACAAAACAAUCAAAUACCCAAGUCGAAAGUAGUUCAAAUAAAGCCAUGUAUAACAUAGGCCUGCUUCCAGCCAUCCAUCUUGUAGUGAAAUAAAACAUGCUUCAGCAACGCAUUCAGUACAGAACAGCAACUGCACUCCUACAGUUUUAUCCAAACCUGGGUAAAAGUCAUUAAAUGUGUAAAGAAUAAUUCAACAAUUUUCUGUUGAGAAAACGAAUAUGUUAGUUUUGUUAAGUUAAUCAUAAGGCCCGGUCGUUUAGUCAAAAUACUUCAGUUGUUUUAUUGAUAAUGUUGUUAAUACGCUAGUUUAGUGAACGUCUUCGACCUCUAACUCUUAGUACUUAGUUAAGGUAAUCGAACUGUGUCAUAUGAAAAUAGACUGUGCAUAAGAGAUACACAAAAGAUUUUUUUUUGUUUUAAAUAAUUGUAAAAAGUAUGUCUAACUAUAAAUAUAUAUCUACCGCGAACGAUAAUGAAACUAGUUUUUGUUUUUGGAAAACUCGAUUCAAAUGAAGCAAUGUAAUAAUAUAUGCGAAAUUAUACAUCGUUGGUAAUACUCUUAAGAAUCU